UAGCAAUAAGCAACUCACCAACACGCGGCGUUACAGACUACAGUGUUUUAAAAAUUGCAGUAUAUGCACUUUGACAUUGACGUCUAAUAUUCGUUAUGCUGAUAAUUUUUAUUCUAUGCAUUCUUGUAGUAACAUUUUAAAUCGCACCAAAUUAUGAAUAUUGUGUGUAUUACAAAUGCGGACCAUGUAGUCCAUAAUAAUAAUAAUAAUUUAUUAUGCCGCAAAAUAUUGGAAGAAGUACAACAAGCAACUAGAAUGGUUAGCUGUUAUAAAUUGAAUACUUUUUCGUUUGAACUAUUUGAAGAAUUCGAUUUAGAAGAAAAUGAUGAAUUAAAAACAUUUUAUUAUGCAGAUGUAGUUAUAGUUGAUUUUUCAACAGAUAUUCAACGCGGCUCUUUAUUUUAUUAUUUAGGUUGUCGCCAAAAUUUUGGAAUGAAUCAAAACAUAAUUUUAUAUAACAAUUUAGAUGACGAAGUUACAUUACGUCUGAAGUGGUCUUGUGAUGAUUCUAUUACGUUUAUUCCAUAUAAAUUAGCUGAAUGUGGCGUAUGUCUUAUAUGUAUUAAUUCUUCAUUGCAUGACAAUAACAGUUCAACUGCUAUUGAAUCUACAAAAUCAGUUGCAGAAACAUUACAAAAAUGUUUAAAAAAAUUUAAAAUUCAAUCCAAAGAUUAUAUUAAAGAGAAAUUUUUAUCAGACUUAAAAACAGCUACAAAAACUUACUCUGGCGAAAUGUUACGACAAAAAUUGCUCAUAAUGAAAAAUUGUCUAAAUGAUCCAAAUGUACUUACUAUUGAUAUACUAUACAACAUUAUGGAAGCAUUUUGUGAUGUUCAGGACUAUGAUGGAGUGAUUCAACUUGUUAAAGACGUAGAAGCUAUUCCUGACAAAAAACAUUUUAUACAAACACCAUUAUUGCAAUACUUAUAUUGCUUUGCUUUAAAUAGAAGUAAUAAACCUGAGAAUCAACUAAAAGCAAUGCAAGUAAUAGAAUUUUCAUUGAUAAAAAAUGAAGGUUUUAUACCCGAUUUAAUUUGCUUAUAUGGUCGUAUUUAUAAAGACAAAUUUGUCGAAUCUAUUUUAAAAGAUAAAGCUGCCCUUCAAAAUGCUAUUUAUUGGUAUCGGAAAGCUUUUGAAAUGCAAUCAAAUCUCCAUUCUGGAGUCAAUCUUGCAACAUUAUUACUAGUUGCUGGGAAUGAAUUUUCUAAGUCUGAAGAGCUUCAACGCAUUGGUGUAUUUUUAAAUAAUUUAAUUGGAAAAAAAGGAAGUUUAACAUCUCUUGAUGACUACUGGACUAUUGCAACAUAUUUUGAAAUUAACGUGCUAACAGAAAAUUAUGGUAAAGUCAUUAAAGCUGCUGAAUGUAUGUUUAAACUAAAACCUUCAAUUUGGUGUUAUAAAUCAACAAUUGGAAAUAUUAAACUAAUAUGUGAGUUUAGAAAAAAAAGUGGAAAAAUUAAUGCUCAAGAAAAUAACUUUAAGUUUUGGAUGGAAUAUUUUAUAGAUGUUACCAAACAAGAAAUUGCCAGUAACAUUUACAGUUUUCCUGUCAUAGUUUUAGAAUCAUCAAAGAUUUAUUUGCCUGGCUAUGUUAAAGUAAACUUUGAGGUUGAAAAAAAAUCUGUUUCCCUGCACAAACAAUGUACAACAUGUACUAUAAAAGAUUGUAGACAAAUGGAGAAUUGGAUAUUUAUUAGUAGUAUGAUUAGGAGUGUUAGUUGUUGUAAAAUAGAUGAACGGUGUUUAUUUUUAUGUGUUAACACAAAUUUUGAUAGUUUCCAAUUAUAUUUUCCAUCAUCUCUAUGUCGUCAAAAGUUUUAUGAUCUUGUAAAAAAUAUGAUGGAAUAUGAUAAAGGCACGACCACUUACUUGAAUAAAGAUUUGUCUAAGAAACAAAUUAAUUUUAUAUAUGAGCUUAAUGAUGAUAAUACUAAAAAAAUUCUUGGCCAGGGAACAUAUGGAAUUGUUUAUGCAGCUCUUGAUAGCAACACAAAAAAGAAAAUCGCAGUUAAGGAAAUACAAGACAUUAACAUUAAGGAUGUUCCGCAACUGCUAAAAGAAGUAAAUCUUCAUUCUCAACAGUAUCAUCGCAACAUUGUUCAGUAUUUAGGAUCAAUAUAUGAAUGUGGUACUUUUAAAAUAAUUAUGGAACAAUUACCAGAAAGUCUUUCCACCUUAUUACGCUCGAAAUGGGGACCAUUAAAAAGAGAUGAGCCUGUUAUUUCAUUUUAUACUAAACAAAUUCUUGAAGGAUUGAAAUAUUUACAUGAUCAAAAUAUUAUACACCGUGAUAUUAAAGGAGAUAAUAUUCUGAUUAAUACAUUUACUGGUGUGGCAAAAAUAUCUGACUUUGGAAUAUCUAAACGUCUUUUUGAAUUAUUUCCAACUACUAGAAGUUAUACAGGCACAUUGCCGUAUAUGGCUCCUGAAGUGAUAAAUAUACCUUCAGGUGGUUAUGGCACACCAGCUGACAUAUGGUCAUUAGGUUGUACAGUUGUAGAAAUGGCAACAGCUAAUGUACCUUAUAUAGAAUAUAGAGAAGCAGCUGCUUAUAUAAUUGGUCAUUAUAAGAAACAUCCAGAUAUACCUGUUGAACUGAGUGAUCAAGCAUAUCUUUUUUUAUGUCGGUGUUUUACUUCUGAUCAUAAUCAGCGAGCAACAGCUACUGAUUUAUUAAACGAUGUAUUUAUUAGUCAGUAUGCCAACUGAAUUAUAUACAUAACAUUUAAAUUAAA